GAAAACAAGACCUAACUUUGAAUAAAAGCACUACAGCAUAAAGCUUUUACCUUUAACAAAAAAAAUAUAAUAAUUUUUUACAAGGAAAAAGAAGAGAAAGCAAUUAUUCUCAGACAAACAAAGGAACCACUUUUGUAGGUGUAGUAGUAAUCUCACACGCUAAGACAAAAGUGCACAAAUUCUCGAGACUCUCUUCUAUCCAACGGUCCAUAUCUCACUAACCGCAUCUAAAUAACGGACAAGAUCUUCUUUUGGCUUCAGCUCUCUUUAGUCUUUACCUUCCCUCAAGCUCGGUACUCGAUGUCUUGCUUUCGGCCACUCAUGAAAGCAACGAGAGCUUCCCCUUUCAUCCGCCUACGUGGCUAUGGGACCCAGUCUAACCACGACCACCUGACAUCGUGGGCCCCACUGUAAGGCGGGAACCCCAUUUUUUUUUGGCUGUAAGUAACGGAUUCUCGGUCAUGCUUUUUUGUGAGGAUAGAGAGAGAGACUGAGAGAGAGAGAGAGUGUGUCACGGUCUCGCAGAUACUGUGUAUUGAAAAGAGAGUUCUAGAGAGAGAGUGUGUUAUGUGUGUGUGUGUGUGUGUGUGUGUGUGUGUGUGUGUUUGGUUACUGGGAUUAAUUGAGCUGAAACAGUUUGGAUAGUUUUGUUUGUUCUGUUUCAUCUUUCAACCACAGAUAUAGUAAUAUUGUGAAAACCCCUCAUUGAAGUUUGUUCUCUGCUCUCUCUUUUUGGGUUUAGCACUGAGUUUUGGGGUUUAUUUCGAGACAUACCCAUACAAAGUUUGAUACUUUUGUGUCCCCCCUUAUCAAGAAAAUUGUGGGGUUUUUUUUUUUUUUUAAUAAGCUUCCUUUAAAUUUUCAAUUUUUAUUUUGGAGGAAAAGAGUGAGAAUUUCAGAUAAGAAUCUAUGAGCCAAUGAUAUUCUAAUUCAUCUUCUUCGUGAAGAUUUUGAGUUGAAUUCCAUUUUCCUUUUUGUCUUGGUGGUUUCUCAUUGGUUUUCUCGAGAAUAUUUGUGGUUUUGGGAGAAGAGGCUUCACUGUAGCAUUGAAAAAGUCUUAAACUUUUCUGUGUCUUUUUAUGUAAGCUUUGAACAGCUUCACCUUUCUGGGUUUUCUCAGAUUGUGUCUAAUCUUGAAAAACCUUUUAUUCGUAGAAGCAGCAAUGAAGCAAAGAAGAAGAAGAAAUGGAUGUAGUAGUAGCAACACUAUCUCUCUACUCUUAUUAUUCUUCUUAGUCUUCUUUUCAAGAACAAGCACAAGUACAAGUUGUCGUAGAAGAACUGUUAAACACUUAUCCACAACUUCAACAUCAUCUACACCACUUGAAUCAAGAAUCACUUCCAAGGUUAUUGUGAUUAGUAUCGUCUCAGGGAUUUUAACAGGGUUGGUUUCAGCUUUGGUGUUAGCUUUCUUGGUUCGUAGCAUUGUCAAAUUCAUGAAACAGACGCCAAUUCUCAAAGGUCCAGUGGUGUUUUCUCCUAAGAUUACUCCUAAAUCUCUCCACGCAGCUCUCAGUAAUGUCAAGAGACUAGGCUCACUUGAAGGAGUUGGUUCACCAGAAAGUAGUAGUAGCAAGUCGGUUAAGAGAAGGUUGCAGAAGGAACUUGAGCUUCUUGCUGGGUUAAGGCAUAGGAACCUUAUGAGUUUACGAGCUUAUGUUCGCGAAUCUGAUGAGUUCUCUCUGGUCUAUGAUUACAUGCCUAAUGGUAGCCUUGAGGAUGUGAUGAAUAAAGUUAGAACGAAAGAGGUAGAGCUUGGAUGGGAGAUUAGGCUUAGAGUUGCAGUUGGAAUUGUGAAAGGGCUUCAGUAUCUUCAUUUCAGUUGUGAGACCCAGAUUCUUCAUUAUAACCUGAAACCUACAAAUGUGAUGUUGGAUUCUGAGUUUGAGCCUCGGCUUGCUGAUUGUGGAUUGGCCAAGAUCAUGCCUAGUUCACACACAGCGGUAUCUUGCUACUCUGCCCCUGAGUCCUCUCAAAGUAACAGAUACACAGACAAAAGCGACAUAUUCAGCUUUGGGAUGAUAUUGGGUGUUCUUUUAACCGGAAGAGACCCGACCCACCCGUUCUGCGAAGAGUCUGCAAGCGGAGGUAGCUUAGGACAGUGGCUGAAACAUUUACAACAGUCUGGGGAAGCACGAGAAGCAUUAGAUAAGACUAUUCUUGGAGAGGAAGUGGAGGAAGACGAAAUGUUAAUGGCUUUAAGAAUCACCAUCAUCUGCCUUUCUGACUUUCCGGCAGACCGGCCUUCAAGUGAUGAGCUUGUCCACAUGCUUACACAACUGCACAGCUUUUAGCCCAACGUACUUACAUGUAUCAAAACCUCUGUAAAACCAAUCCAGACAUCUGCAGUUGCAUCAAUAUAUUCUUUUUUCUUU